AUGGACCCUCCAUCAGAUGGCGAUUUGUCUACCAGCAACAGUAAAGGCAACACCCCACAUGAGAGUAUAAAAGAGAGCGGAUCUGACGCUUACAAACAACCAUCAGCAGCACAGUCUCGUCAAAGGUCUUUUAAUGAAAGCACUUUACCAAAACUCCAAGACACAACAUCCCAACCAUUGCAGCAACGUCAAAAGUCCUCAAAUAGCGCGACUGAUUCACCACUGCCCAACCUUUAUCCAUUUGAAAAUAAACAAGACACUGAUGCAUCCAAGGUAUCAGUAAAGCCGAAUACAUCCAAAAAUGCUGAAUAUACGGUCGAAGAAGUUUAUUCAAGCGAGAUAAUGCCCAUAGCAGCAUCGCCAGCAUCUGCUGAAUCUAUCUCGUCACCAAAACACGAUGCAAAUCCCACACUCGGCACUACUGUGCCAACUACAACUCAAGAGUCAGGUCGUAUAGACAAUAUCCUUGUUGUGUUUACCAAUGAAAAAAAUGCAUACGAGCAAGAGUUUGCUCAGAUGGAAGCAGAAUUUCACGCUAUUCAUGCAGAAGCCGAUCCAAACGCCGAUAUUUUCUUUCGUUUUUUAUCUGAAUACAAAAAAGUGUUUGUGGCCUUGUCUCAUUCAAAAAGUCAUGCUUAUGAGCUUGGAGACCAGUUUAUUGCCGUGCAGCGCGAGUGUUUAAAUAAUGACCAAUUGCAAGUGGAUGGUGUCAAAACAUGGAGAAAACUUGAAGGCAGCAACCCUAAAGCAUUUGAUAUGAUUCAGCUUCUUCACACAUUGCAAAAAAAGUUGAUUACUAAAACCAAGGAAGAUAAAGAGAAAAAAGAAUUCAUCAAGAUCCAGGAAGAGCUUUAUCUUCAUCUGAAAAAUAUGCUCAUGAAGCAAGUUGGUCCAGAAGCAUUGGAACAGAUUGAGGAGCUGGAGACUCAAUUCAAAAAUAAAAGCAGACAACUCCGACAUAUGGAUACUGAACUCAAUAUGUAUCAGGCGCAGGUACGGGAAUAUAAGUACACUAUUGGACAGCUAGAUGCAUCCUUGGCAGCACACAAAAAGCAAUUUCUAUCUCUCUAUCAUAAGAGAGUCGACGCGAUUCGGAAUGGAGCUUCAGUGUCUAUACAGGCUAUUCCUCACUCUGCAGAUAAGAUCAAUCUGCCAAUGCUUCCAGAAAAACCCCAAAGUGCAUCACAACAGAAUCUUCAAUUCACGGCGGACAUGCAACUUCAAGACAGUACUCUAGCACCAGAUGAAGUGCAUGACAUGAACAGCGCUCAAGCCAUUACCGAUUCGAUCACUGAACCGCAGGAACAGCUUGUUGUAGCAUCAGCUGCAGAGAUUCCUAAUUUGGGCACGAUAACUAUUUGA